AUGGCCCAGUGGCCAGCCCAGCCGCCAUGGCCCCUGCCUGGGGCGGGCGGUGAGGCUGGGGGGGGCCUUCCUCCAGGGGGAGGGUGUGUGUGUGAGUCUCCCAGGCCCAGAAUAGCUGCUGGACACCAGCCCAGCACCCGCCAGCGCUCGGCCGGCCCGAGGCCCCGAGGGUCGGGGCCUGCCCGGCUAUUUUUACCUCUGCCUCUCUCUCCAGUCCUCCCCAACCUGACCCCCAUCUCUGUCCUGCUGCAUAGUCUGACACUGGACCUCCCCCCACCCCCAUUAUAUGUGAACACUGGAGACCCCAAUAAAUGCCACCUGUCACAUGACCAGAGUCGCCUGGGAUGGAGGGUGGGGGCGGGAAGGGAAGGCACCCAGGUGAUUGUCCCUCCCUGCAGCUGUUCCUGGAGAAGUAUGAUGUCAUGGAGAAAUGAGAGGAGAGUGGAGAGAGAGGAGAGACACCCAGAGGUGACUCAGCUAGCCAAGGCUGGGAGAGAGAGCUACCAGGGAUCUGAGGCCUUGGGGACCAAUGGCCAGUGCUCACCUGGGAAUGAGGGGGGAGCAGUCCCCUUGAGAAGUCCCAGCAGUUCUAGUGGGGGGGGGGUGCCCUACCUGGGGAGCCGAGGCAGGAGUGGGGCGCUGAGCACUCGUCACUGCACUGGUCAUGACGCUGCCUGCGCUGCGAGGCCAGGAGUCCCUGGGGAAGCCAGGCCGGCUGGAGGAAUGCUGCCGAAAGCUUGGGGCCAAGCGAAGAGGCACCCAACCCGACUUCCUGAGGUCCAGUCCCCCAGGAAGAGGGAUUGGGGGAUUUGGGAGAGGAAUGGAGAGACACAGGCCCUGGAGAAAGACACAAGCAAAAAGAUGUGGGGAGCCAGAUCCCUGUGGCUCACGCCUGCAAUCCUAGCUACUUAGGAGGCUGAGGUCUGAGGAUCACAGUUCGAAGCCAGCCCAGGUACUGGGAAGUCUGUGAGACUCUUAUCUCC